AUGGCUGUACACAGAAGCCUUCCUAUCGAUCCAAGAAUAAUCGAUAAGAAAGAUUCUUUCUCCAUUACCAUUGCACACAAACAGAAUCCACAAAUACGCAUGCGUACAAUAUUUCUUGCAUCCGUCUUCGUUUACUCUCUUUCUUUCACUUUUCUCUCGGAUAUUUUCGCCACCAGCGGAAUGAUUCGGCCAAUUCCGCGGAGGCGGCAUCUUGCUUCUUGUUUAUUUUCGUCACCUUCGAUAAUAGACGCUUUCCUUCUUUUUUUCUUUCUUUCUCUGUUUUAUUAUUUCUUUCUAUCCUUUCUCUUGUUCCUUUUACUUCUCUCUCUCUCUCGUAUCUUUCAUACUUUUCUUUUUCUUUCUUAUUUCUUUCUCCUGCAUUUCUUGGCGUGUUUCAUUUUCUUUCUUUUAUUAUUAUUAUUCUUUAUGUGUUUUCUUUCUUAUUCUUUCGAUUACACUCUUUCACGAGAACAAAUCCAAAGUAAGAAGAGAACAUAG